UCUUCUCCCCAAUCCUUCUUCACACCUGAUCUCUCUCUCUCUCUCACACAUUUAUUUUGUGCUUGCCCCCUUUCUCUCUCAACAGCGACUGAAAGCCACCCUUUUAAUGCUCUCCCUCCAAGCUGGACAAGAAGCAAGUAGGAUAACCUUGUGAACACAAGAAGAUGGGUAGCAUGGUGGGACAUGUUUUGCCAGGCUUUGGUUUUGUUGUCAUUGGAUUAUGGCACCUCUUUAACAACGUUAAGCUCCAUGCUCGGUGCCCAAUUUCUUAUACCUCUAGUCCUUGGUUUCCCACCUCAAGAUUCAAGUACUUGGAACUCUUCUUUAUCAUUGGAGGCUCUUGUGCCUCCGUAUCCGCGGAGCUCUUCAUUGGCCCUGACCGACACCAACCGUUUGACCCUGAUGGAACCAUCCCCUCCAACCAUCUCCGUAACUUCGAGCACGCGGCCAUCUCUAUGACUCUCUUAGUCUAUGCGGUGUUUGCUAUAGUUAUUGAUCGUAUUGGCACCAAAGCUCCUCAGUACGGGCUAACCAUGUUGCUCUGUUCCAUAGCCUUUGCACAAGAGCUUCUUCUUUUCCACCUUCACUCAUCUGAUCACAGGGGCCCGGACGGCCAAUACCACUUGUUUCAACAAAUUGUUACUACUGUUUCUUUGGCCACUACUCUUAUGGGAAUUGGUCUCCCUAAGAGUUUCUUGGUCAGCUUUAUAAGGUCAGCCAGCAUAUUAAUCCAAGGCAUUUGGUUUAUAACAACGGGGUUUAUGCUUUGGACACCGGCAUUGAUUCCUAAAGGUUGCUUCAUUAACGAUGAGGACGGUCACAAAGAGGUCAAGUGCACCGAAGAUGAAGCCAAUCAUCGCGCCAAGGCAUUGACAAACAUUCUAUUUAGCUGGUUAUUGAUUGCAUUCACCAUUUUUGCAGUGUGGUUCUAUUUGGUUUUGGUUAAAGCUUACGGUGAGAAGGUAGAGUAUGUUACAUUGAAAAGGGAAGUAGAGCACGAAGAUCAAGAUCAUUUUGAUGAUGUUGAAUCCCAAAAGAAAAGUGAAGUUGACAAUUCAAGGAUCAGCCUCAUACAAAUGGGAAAAACCCUUUUCACCAACUGACAUCGAAAUUAAGUCAGAAGAUCGUGAACAUCAUGCAAGAACACACACAAAAAAAGGGACUAGCUACCUAGGAACCGCGUGUUCAUGCAAAUGUAUGCAUGGGCGAU